AUGGCUGAAGCUACCCUUCACAACGUGCCAAUUGUCAUUGACAAUGGCAGUGGUACAAUUCGAGCUGGUUUUGCAGGAGAGGAAAUUCCGUCAUGCUAUUUCCCCUCGUUUGUUGGUCGUCCCAAGCAUCCACGGGUCAUGGCUGGUGGUCUGGAGGGAGACUCGUUCAUCGGCUCGCGCGCACAGGAGCUCCGCGGACUGCUGAAGAUUCGGUAUCCCCUUGAGCAUGGUAUCGUCACAAAUUGGGAGGAUAUGGAGUCGAUCUGGCACUAUGUCUACGAGAACGAAUUAAAGACCCUGCCCGAAGAGCACCCCGUGCUGCUCACUGAACCCCCGCUGAACCCUCGCGCCAACCGCGACAUUGCCGCCCAGUUGAUGUUUGAGGCAUUCAAUGUGCCGGCUCUGUACAUGUCCAUUCAAGCGGUUUUGUCUCUUUACGCGUCUGGACGCACUACCGGUGUGGUUCUCGACUCGGGAGAUGGUGUCUCCCAUGCCGUGCCCGUCUUUGAAGGUUUCGCCAUUCCCAACAGUAUCCGGAGGAUUGAUGUUGCUGGUCGGGAUGUUACCGAACAGAUGCAAUUACUAUUGAGGAAGGCCGGUCAUGUGCUGCACACCAGCGCUGAGAAGGAGGUGGUUCGCAUGAUCAAGGAGAAGGUCUGCUACGUGUCGCUGGACCCCAAGCGCGAGGAGAAGGAGUGGAUGAACAGCUACCAUAAGUCGGACUCCAAGGCAGUCGACUACGUUCUGCCCGAUGGACACAAGAUCAAGAUCGGCCAAGAACGCUACCGCGCCCCCGAGAUUCUGUUCGACCCUGAACUCAUUGGCCUCGAGUACCCUGGUGUACAUCAGAUCGUGCAGGAUGCCAUCACUCGUACAGAUCUCGACCUCCGCAAAUCACUAUACCUCAAUAUUGUGCUUUCUGGUGGAUCAACACUUUGCAAGAACUUCCCCGAUCGAUUGAUGCGCGAGAUCAAACGACUGGCCGUUGAGGACAUGAAGAUUCGUAUUUCUGCGCCUGCGGAGCGCAAGUACACCACCUGGAUUGGUGGUAGCAUUCUCGCUGGUCUCAGCACGUUCAGAAAGAUGUGGGUUAGCGCGGACGAAUGGCAUGAGGACCCUGAAGUGAUCUUCAAGCGAUUUGCUUAG